AUGUCGUCUCCCACCACCGUCGCCCCUCCGAAGCCGGAGCUGUCCGCGCUGUUUGCCGACAUCGAGGCGCGGUUCGCGACGACGUGUCUCGGCGACGAUCGGUGGUACAUCCUCGCCAUAUCCUGCAUCACCACCGGUCCGGACCCCGAGCUCGCCGCCGACCUCUACCGGUACCUGAUCGCCAAGCCCGCCUUCCAGAGCAGCGCGUCGCGCCAGCAGCUGGUGCGGCGUCUGCGCGAGGCGCUCUUCAAGUCCAUCUGCCUGGUGGGCGUGUGCAAGCCCAUCGAGUCGGUGCUCGCCAUCGCGGCGACGGAACGGCCGGAAGAUCGCGACCUGUCCCCGGCGACGCGCGAGGGCUGGCAGGCGGACGCGGACAACGAGCGGCGGGCGCGCGAGUGGUUCGCCAAGGUGUACACGCGCAACGCGGCGGACACGAUCGGCCUGUUCGACGCGCACAAGGACUUUUCGUGGACGUCGGUGCACAUCACGUAUGGCCUGUUCCUGUCGGAUCGGCAGGUGCUGGACGACGUGGAGACGCAGCUGGUGGUGCUGCCGUGCAUCAUGAGCCAGAACCUGAGGCUGGAGACGGGCUGGCACAUUCGGGGCACUCGCCGCAUCGGCGUCUCCAAGGAGGACACGCAGGUGGUCUGGGACGCGGUGCAGGCGCUUGCGGCAUAUUUCGACGUCAAGCUGAACAAGGUGCCGACAGUGGAGGAGAUUGAGCCGGAAGUGUAG